AUGCUCGCCAAGAUGAAUGUGCCGACCGAGCUCCAGUGCAAGUACGCCUACAAGGCGUGCACCAACGUCCGUUCGCUCAAGAAGGACGGCGACCACCACACGCUCUGCGACUACCACCGCAACAAGGCCAACUCGAUCCAGCGCACGUAUGCGACCAAGCGUCGCCAGGAAAAGCGCGAGCAGCGGAAGCAGGCCGCGCUCCGCAAGCUCCAAACGACCAAGACGACGACGACGCCAGUGCUGCCAAUGACGAUGUCGCUCCUCAACUUGCUCGAGACCGCGUCCUUUGACGCUUACGUGGUUGAAGACGACGACCUUCUCCUUAUGGAGCCGCUCGAAGACGCGUCCUCGGUGCUCUCGCAAGAAGAGUACGAGUUCCUCGCCGAUAUCUUUUGAACGACGAGUCCUCGUCCAGCACCUCCUGCUGCUAUUGCGGUCACUUGGACGUUUUUUCUCCUUGACACCGCCACACACACAACGCGUCGCCGUUGUACUCUGCGUCUGUACACCCUAUUUACUUGCCAAUAAUAAUCGUAGCUGUCUGUAGUCUUUUCAUUCGGCGUUUCAUUGUCUGCGAGGCCUGGACUUGGAGUUUCUACUUGACUAGUCUAGAAUGCGUAAAAGCGCUCUACUGCCAGCGUUGGUAGUCAC